CGAUGCAUUUUGGGAAAGCAGCAGCACCAGAUCCAAGAUGGCGGCCAGCAGGAGGCUGAUGAAGGAGCUUGAAGAGAUCCGCAAAUGUGGAAUGAAAAACUUCCGUAACAUCCAGGUUGAUGAAGCUAAUUUAUUGACUUGGCAAGGGCUUAUUGUUCCUGACAACCCUCCAUAUGACAAGGGGGCCUUCAGAAUUGAAAUCAACUUUCCAGCAGAGUACCCAUUCAAACCACCCAAGAUCACAUUUAAAACCAAGAUCUACCACCCUAACAUUGAUGAGAAGGGGCAGGUCUGUCUGCCGGUAAUUAGUGCUGAAAACUGGAAGCCAGCCACCAAAACCGACCAAGUAAUCCAGUCCCUCAUAGCACUGGUGAACGACCCCCAGCCUGAGCACCCACUCCGGGCUGACCUAGCUGAAGAAUACUCUAAGGACCGUAAAAAAUUCUGUAAGAAUGCUGAAGAGUUUACAAAGAAAUAUGGGGAAAAGCGACCUGUGGACUAAAAUCUGCCAUGAGUGAUUCCAGCAAGUUUGAGCAGAGCCCCCGAGCAGUGCAUUCAGAUACCCCGCAAAGCAGGACUCUGUGGAAAAUUGACACGUGCCACCACCUGGCGUCCGCUUGUGGCAGUUACUAACUUUCUACAGUUUUCUUAAUCAAAAGUGGUCUAGGUAACCUGUAAAGAAGGAUUAAAAAAUUCAGAUGUUCUAGUUCUGCUUGCUUUGUUUUAAAAAAUCACUGCUUUAGUCUACUUCGAAAGAAUGCCAUUUCUUUUCCUGCCCAGACUCAAAGUUACUGUUAGCCCAGAAGGUUUUAAAAAAAAGUUGUGAUUCCCUCUCCCCAUCACCUUCUUCUUUUUCAAUCCCACUUCCACAGACUAAGGCCCCAGCUCCCCACAGAAGCAGCAGCCCUUCUCCUGUGCCACACUGCCUGUGGGUGAUAGCUCAAAUCCCCUAAUGCCAUCUUAGUAAUGUGCUUACAAAAGAUUAUAAAACAAUAUCACCCCCCCCCCCAAAAAAGAAUUGUCUGUGCAAAGGGAAGCUGCUUUUACAUAAAAUCUUAGCAAAAUGUUUCCACAGUAACAGACUCAAUGGGCAGACCCCAAACUCUCAACCUGUGGUCAGGCUGUCUUUGUAGAGAACCCUGCAAUACCAGGUUUGUGGUGACCUUGGAAGGAGGGUCUGCCAGCAGAGAAUGCCACGCACUUGUGUGAUGAAUUCUCUCCAGUCAGCAGCCCUCCUUGCAGCUGUGGUAGACGACCUGCUGGUUAUCCCAGGCAAAGCAAAAGCCAGAAUAUUCUUUUGAAAUCUCAAUUCUCCACCACCAAGCUCUGCUGAGAUGUGCCAAGGAGCCCCCCACUCCUCAGCACAGUAGGCCACCAUUGUCGUUCUCCGCGUGGUUUGCAUCUUGUGGGAUCAGCAUUGGUGGUUUCUGCUUUGUAACCAGCUGCCCCUUCCUCAGAGCAGCUGCAGGUGCAGCCCAGGAACAGGAUGGCCUUUCCCUCCCUCUGGAUUCAGCCUUUCCAGGGUCAAGCUCACUUGAAGCUCACUCAGUAAUAUCCUUUCAAUGUGUUUUAUAUUGUUUCCAUUGCCUUUUUUUGUAGAAAUAAAAUUUGACCUUAGAAUUUAUCAUCAAAUGAACUUUGUCAAGAUUUGAAUGUUAAUGUCUUUUCAAGGCAAGUGGGACUGUCCUUGAAGCAGUAGUGACACCCUGAGGAAGCUGUUGGCCUGACUGCCUAUGUUCACCAACUCUUUCUACUAGGGGUCUAGAGCCUGUGGAGAUUGCCUCGAGAAGUCUUGCUUUCUGCUUUAACCUUAGUUCUUUAACUUCAGGGCUACCUAGGGCUCACAAACUUGGAAGACAACUCUGGGUUUUGCCUAUAAACAAGUGAAACAGGUCCUCUCAGGCAGUGUAACACUAUUUAGUUUUCCAAGUGUUUGGUUCCUGUGGUGCAUAAAUGAACUAUACUUUUAGUUCUAGGUGUGCAUGGGGCAGGUUUCUGGAGACGUCCAUGUGCCCAGGAUGGUCAGAGUACUGGGCCUGCAUUUCUACGUCUGUCUCUUCAUUGGCAGAAAAGUGACAAUGGAUCUUAUUUCAUUCACAUUCAAAUUUGUAAUAAAAUGCCAAAUUCUGUCAGAA